GUGGCAGGGGCAUUGCACAGUCCGAAUGGCAUCAUGCGGAACUGCCACAACCCUUGCCUGAUGGUGAAAGCGGUUUUAGCCUUAGCAUCCUCGGUCAUUUUGACCUGCCAGUAGCCACUCCGGAGGUCCAGCGAGCAGAACCAACUGGACCCCGCGAUGUGGUCUAGCGCCUCGUCAAUGCGGGGGAGAGGGUAGGCAUCUUUGCGCAUUACGGCGUUGAGGCGCCGAUAGUCCACGCCAAAAAUGCCACUCUCCGUUCUUCUUCAGGGUGGGCUGAGGCUGCUUGGCGACGGAUCCUCCUGGACCUGCGUUUCCUCUUGGGGGUGGCGUGAAGAGCAAGGGUGGUGGCACCGAUGGAGAGCCUGGUGUUGGCGAUGUCCACCGUGGCACCCCAGUGGACCAGCAGAUCCAGGCCGAUUAUGCAUGCGUCGCUGUCGGCCAGCCAGAACUCGUGCGUCACCACCUCUCGGUUUCCGACCUCCAUGCUCACCAUCUUCUUGCCCCGCAUGCCGAGCCUCUGCCCCGUCACUGACUGCAGCUGAGUGGUUGUUGGGGACCAGGCAGUGUUGGGGAGCGUUCCUGGUCGCACCAGGGAGAUGGUGGCCCCCGUGUCGACCAGUGCCCAGCAGGAUUGCCCAUCCAGCCUACAAUGCAGGUAUAACCCACCCGCCUCCCCCGGUCGGCCCACUCGCUGUUGGAUGGUUUGCUCUUCCGCCCUCAGAAGGGCAGGCUGGAAUUUGCUUUUGGCUCUCGUAAUGGAAGGACUUUGCUCGGUUCCCACCUUCACAAAGGCAGAUGGAAUAUUUGCUUUCGCGAGUGGGACCGAACUGGUUUCAGGCGCAGCAGGCUGCUCCUGAUUGAGGAGGAUGGGUUCCUGGGACAGCGGUUUCCUCACAGCGCCUGCCCCUGCGUCGUUUCCCGGCGGCCGUGGCGAUCGGGGCUUGGGCGCUGGUGCUGGGCAGUUGCAGGCCAGGUGCCCUGGCUCAUCGCAGCGAUAGCAGCGGCCGCGUCAUGCUGGUGGUGGGCGCUGUCGUCACUGUUGUGGGGGUGAGCAUGCCCAGCGGACUUCCUCCUCCUCCUCCUCGUAGCAGUCGCUUUCGCGGACGCGGGGCCAGGUUGUCUGCCCUGGAGCCGAGCAGAGGACGUCCUCAGCCGCAGUGACGGGCAGCCAGCUGCAGCUGGACUAGUGGGGUACUGCCACUCAUCAUAGCCAGAAGAGGGCGCCAACUGCCCACUGGAAUGCAGUGCUGGAACACAGAACCCCUUUGCUUAUAUAAGGCAACAGAUUAUACACCACAGGAGGACUUGUGAUCUUGAACCAUGGGGGGCGGGUACUCGGUCACUGUGAAGAACAAGACCCCGUACACUUGGCAUUACUCGGAUGAGGAAAGGGGCAGACUGAGUGCCUGGGAAUCUAAACAGUUUAAGGAGGGCGUAUUCAAUGAAUCAAAGCUAUAUCUGACAUAUGGAGAUCAGAGAGAAGUGUCUUUAUCUCUGCAUACUGGAGGCGGCCGCGACACCACAUUCACCAUAAAAGAAAGCUGGGACCGAUCUCUAUUUGAGCUGCAUUGUAGUGUAUGUGGUGAAGUUAGGACUUGCCCCAACUAUGCAAAAAUUGAGGAAGACCGCAUUCGCCAACAGCAACAAGAGGAACAGAGACGUCAGGAGGCACUAAAAAGACAACAAGAAGAACAGAGACGUCAGGAGGCACUAAAAAGACAACAAGAGGAACAAAGACGUCAGGAGGCACUAAAAAGACAACAAGAGGAACAGAGACGUCAGGAGGCACUGAAAAGACUACAAGAGGAACAGAAACGUCAGGAGGCACUAAAAAGACAACAAGAGGAACAGAAACGUCAGGAGGCACUGAAAAGACAACAAGAGGAACAGAAACGUUGGGAGGCACUGAAAAGACAACAAGAGGAACAGAAACUAUGGGAGGCACUGAAAAGACUACUAGAGGAACACAAACGACAAAAAGAGGAACAGAAACGUCAGGAGGCACUAAAAAGACAACAAGAGGAACAGAGACGUCAGGAGGCACUAAAAAGACAACAAGAAGAACAGAGACGUCAGGAGGCACUAAAAAGACAACAAGAGGAACAGAGACGUCAGGAGGCACUAAAAAGACAACAAGAGGAACAAAGACGUCAGGAGGCACUAAAAAGACAACAAGAGGAACAGAGACGUCAGGAGGCACUGAAAAGACUACAAGAGGAACAGAAACGUCAGGAGGCACUAAAAAGACAACAAGAGGAACAGAAACGUCAGGAGGCACUGAAAAGACAACAAGAGGAACAGAAACGUUGGGAGGCACUGAAAAGACAACAAGAGGAACAGAAACGUUGGGAGGCACUGAAAAGACAACAAGAGGAACAGAAACUACGGGAGGCACUGAAAAGACUACUAGAGGAACACAAACGACAAAAAGAGGAACAGAAACGUCAGGAGGCACUAAAAAGACAACAAGAGGAACAGAAACGUCAGGAGGCACUAAAAAGACAACAAGAGGAACAGAAACGAUGGGAGGCACUGAAAAGACUACUACAGGAACAAAAACGACAGCAAGAGGAACAGAAACGUCAGGAGGCACUAAAAAGACAAGAGGAACAGAAACGUCAGGAGGCACUAAAAAGACAACAAGAGGAACAGAAACGAAAUGAAGAGUUGCGCAGACAAGAGGAACUGCGGCGUUUAAAAAGACAGGAGCAGGAAAAGAGGAUUGAGGAACAAAUCAACAGAGAAAACGAGACCGCAAGAAGGAAGCUGUCAGAAGCAUGGUCAAAGAUAAAUCUGAAUCUAAGUCAAGGGGAGCAAGAGAGACAUCAUCAGCACACCCACGUGGUACAGCAAGUAAUAGAUGACCAUUUCGCUGCUAUAGAGUGGGAUGAGGUACAGUAUGCUGUUUUCUAGCCCAGAUAAAAUAAAUUAAGAUAAAUUCAUUAUUUUUAAUGCAUCUCUUAAAUAUGAUAGGCGUAAAUAUACUUUCAAGGUCAUGGAAUAAUCUUUUGCAAUCUUGAGCAGGUUGUGUUAAUUUAGACUUAAACUAAUUAAUAUGAAAAAUACUUUUAACUGUUGAUAGCCCAUUUUAAUUUGCUCCAGCAGGAGACCCAGCGCACACAGAUAUAUUUGUCUUGCGUGCCCAACUGCUUCAAUGGAUACUGUGACAUGCAAAAUUUUAGUUUAUAUUUUUACAGUUCACACUUGUCACACUGCUGUUAAAAUGUAUUUGUCUUAACACUGAGCGUGGGGCUGGUGAACAAACUAGGAUGGUGGCUUGUGGUCAAAUGACAGUAUGAGUUAAAUUUACAUUCAUAAAUGAUGAUGAAUAGAAUUUUCUGGUUAGGCUUUGAAGCUGAAAAAAUAUUACACUAUUGUCAGACAGAUUUUGAGCGCAGUCUAUAAUGUAAUUCAUGUUAAAUUCAGGUAUAUAUGCCUGCAAUAAGCAUGCAAUAAAAUAGUGGUUAAUUUUGAUUUUAUUUAAGAUAAAUUGCUGCGGGUCUGCUGUUGGUGCCUAGUUCCUUGUUUAUCAAAGACAAUUAGAUAGAUAAAUACUUUUACUUUUUAACAUUCAUGUUAAAACCCAUGGGAACAAAAAACAAUUAUCAUUUUGUUUACAAAGUUUGCAUGAAAGCAGGUGAAAUUAUCUAAAAGUGCAUUUGGAAAUCUCCAUCUAACCUGCACCAUAGGGGUUCCUUUUGUUUUGCAAAUGAGCAGAUAGAAGUAUAAAUAGGACAGUAGCUUGGGCUCUUAUAAAAGACUAAUUCUUGGACCCCUGUAACCUGGGCACACAUAGCUUGUUUGUUUCCCCAAAAUGAACAAUUUUAGAAUAGAGUUUUCUAGAUAAAAACAAAUGAAAA